GGUCACACUGUUUGGCUGCACACAUUUUUGUAAAAAACUGCGUGAUUAUAUUUUUUAAGAAGUAAAAACUCAAGCAUUGUCUUAUUAGCUGCCAUAAAUUGUUUAUAACUAAGAACUCAGAAUGUCGGAUGGAGAUUUGGAUGCCCUACGCGCCCAGCGCAUGUCCCAAAUGCAGUCGCAAUUUGGCGGCGGCGGUGGCAACGAUGCAGAAAAGCAACAGGCUCAGCAGGAGCAGAUGCGCGCCCAGGAAGAGAUGAAGCACUCAAUAUUAUCUCAAGUUCUGGAUCAGCAGGCCAGAGCACGACUGAACACCCUCAAAGUGAGCAAGCCGGAGAAGGCGCAAAUGUUCGAGAACAUGGUCAUUCGCAUGGCCCAGAUGGGUCAGGUGCGUGGAAAACUCGAUGACGCCCAGUUCGUUAGCAUCCUCGAAAGCGUCAAUGCUCAGAUGCCACAGAGCAAGUCCUCCGUAAAGUACGAUCGUCGCAGAGCAGCAAUCGACAGCGAUGAUGAUGAUGAUUACGGCUGCUGAUCAGCUUGGAUUCCCGCCAUACCGCAACUCUUAACUUAAGUUGACCCCACACUCUUCGCAUCCGCUAAAUCAUGUUUAUUACUUUUACUAACUUAAAACGAGAAAAAAAAGAACCAGACGCACAA